AUGGUAGGAGAAACACACGGCCACUGUCAGAUGGCCAAAGAGAACCAACAUUUGACAGCUUUGCAAGAGGUUGAUCUGAUUGCACAGCUGAGGAAGAGAAAGAAGGCACAAGGCCAACGUCCACAGCCAGUAGAAAGGAGAUUUGGAGAUGCUCCAGAGGCUGUCUAUGUCGAGCCCAAGCCACCAGAUCCUUCAAGGAUCAAUCAAACCCCAACUUCUCAAACCCACAAACAUCAUGUUGUUAAUUCUCAAUUUAAUUAUAACUCUUUUGCUGAUAAAAAUAAACUCUUUACAUUUUCAGGAAAAAGAGGUUAUCUAAUAUGGGAGAGGAACCUUGAUGAAUGGUUUCACUUCAACAACAUCUUGAAGGAAGAGAGGCUUGCUUAUGCCAUUGAACAACUUAGAGAUGAUGCCUUUGAAUGGUGGGUACAAGAAGAAGGUGAUAGAUGGUUUUACAAGGAGCCAACUAUCAAAACAUGGAGAGCUCUUAAGGAAGUCAUGAGAUAUGAGUUUGCACCAAAGAUUACAAGUUCUGAAAUCCAGGAACUAUAUCCAAGGAGGUAUCCAACUCAUGGUUCCAAAGAAGCAAGAAAAGAUGUACCAAAAGAAGGUCAUAGAAGCUUGAUCCAUCAAGACCAGAUUCGGCCAAACCAGAAGCCCACGGUUUUCUAUGAUCAAAACCAACCUAUUGAGGUCCCAAAGACCAUGGAGGAGAAGAAGUUUGUCAGCCAAGACACAUUGGCCAGACACAAAGAAAAACCAGACAAACUGAAUUUUCAAGAAAAGGCCAAGGACUUAAGGAGCAAGAAUUUAAAGAAGAAGAACCACCAGGCGUGA